GAGAUUUGUGGCAGCGGACGAAAACAAUGAUGCUGAUGUUUGUUUGGCAAGCGAUUUUUCGGUUUAACGUUUCAAUAAAAUCCGAAUUUCCAUUAAAAGGGUUCUGCUUAUGAUUACUGCAGAUUUUACUAGAUGUUUUGAGAACAAUGAAUCGAAUUUAUAAGUAACGUUAGAGAAGAAAUUUCGUCGCACAGCCGCAUAUAAUGGCAGGUAGGGGGAGAGGGCAGCUCACCUUCUCUGUGGAGAUUAUUGGGAUCGGUAAAGGCGAAAAUCUACCUCCAUCCUGCAUACAGCCAACACCUGUAUAUCCUCCACUGGAGCAGAAGCCGGUGCCCCUGCAGACGGGCGAAGAGGCCGAAUACAUGCUGGCACUCAAACAAGAGUUCAGAGGAGCCAUGAGAACGCUCCCGUUUUAUAUCCGCCCUACUGCACCCAAGAAAGACGUGGAGCGCUAUUCUGACAAAUACCAGAAAACUGAGACGUCUGACAUUUUGGAAUGGAAGCCAGACUGGAGACGCUUUCCAAAGGAGCUGCGUGUGCGGGAAACGAGAGCCUCAAAGGACAAAAGCCCAGCUGUUCCCAAACAAGUCAAACUGCCGCGAGUGGACAAAGUGGAAAUCAUGCAUAAACUGGAGACUCUGGAGCAGAAAGAGAAAGAAGGGAGUUCUGAUGAAGAGGAGGCAGAGAAGAAGAAGCCAGAAGAGGAAGAGGCUGAUGGAGAGGAAGUGUACGACGAAGAGGAGUUUGAAGACGAAACAGAUUACGCCAUGUCUUACUUUGACAACGGAGAGGAGUUUGGAGGUGACAGCGAUGAUAAUAUGGAUGAAGCUGUUUACUGAAGCAGGCGACCGCUCCUCUGGAAAAGUGAGCAUCACUGGCGCUGUCAAUCCUGCAGGAUUGUUCUGUGAUGGAUCAUUUUGUGUGGCAGCUCAUGUUGAGAUCUGUAUGCAGCGAGUUUCUUUUCAUCCGGUGGGUCGGCAGAGCUGCAGAUUGCUGACGAGGAGUGUUAGAAUCAGAGCGCUGGAGCUGGAAGAUGGAGAGAGACAGAGACUGAGAUUUACUUUGAUAUCUGCCUCCACACACAUGCUUUGCAGCUGUGUUUUACUAGAGCUUAGUAAGUGAUUAUUAGAGGUUACGGAAAUAGUUUUACGUAUUUGUUAGGUUUUAGACCAUUAGACUUGUAUAAAUAUAUUUUAUACAUUUUAAGAAUAUGAAUAGUAGCAGCAAAUGUAGAUGAUUGUUAUGAAGAUUAUGUUUUACAAACACUCUUGUGCUUGCACAGUUUUGUCUGAUAUUAGACUACUGUGUUUUUAUCUAAUAAAUUGACACUUUGUCAA